CUUUUUUUCUCUCUCACACACACUCCGGGUCUUGGAGUGGGCUCUUUUGACUUCCUCGUCAGUGUGUGCUGCUCGUGGCGUCGCGAGCACAUCACCAUCCAACCUGCAACUCAACGUCAGUGGGUCGAUCCCCGAAAGCGCCUGACGAGAGGGGGACUGCUUCAUUUUCCCGCGCCAGAGCUGACCUCUUGGUGGCGGUCACACGCGGCAAAACGGGAGACUAAUCACAAAACACAAGGCGGCUCGUGGCACAGUGGGGGUAAUCUGCCUCCGUGAGCGGAAUAAACCUCAGCGCGUGCCGCUCGGUGAUGUGGAUCGUCGCGCGCGCUGUACAGAACGCUGACAGAAACCUGCGCGGACCGUGAGGAGAGCAAGCGAGCUACAGCGAGAGAAAAACGCUGUCAUUUCGACAGGAAUGCAUCUCUUCAGUGCCAUGUUCCUCCUGCUGAUGUUAUCUGCUCUGCCCUGCGAGGCACUGUACCCAAGCCCAGAGGAGGGUUGGCAGAUCUACAGCUCGGCACAGGACGCAGAUGGAAAAUGCCUCUGCACCGUUGUGGCUCCAGCACAGAACAUGUGUAAUCGAGACCCACGCAGCAGACAGCUACGUCAACUUAUGGAGAAGGUUCAAAAUAUAACUCAGUCCAUGGAGGUGCUAGAUCUUAGGACGUACAGAGACCUGCAGUAUGUAAGGGAUACGGAGAACCUCAUGAAGACUGUGGAUGGCAAACUAAAGACCGCCUCAGAUAAUCCACGCAGCCUCAACCCCAAGAGUUUUCAGGAGCUGAAGGACAAGGUUACUCAGCUGCUCCCCCUGUUGCCAGUGCUGGAGCAGUACAAGACAGAUGCGAGAAUGAUCCUGCGACUGAGGGAGGAGGUGAGGAAUCUGUCUGUGGUACUCAUGGCCAUUCAAGAAGAAAUGGGUGCCUACGACUAUGAAGAGCUCAGACAGAGAGUACUGCUGCUGGAGACUCGCCUUCAUUCCUGCAUGCAGAAACUUGGUUGCGGGAAGCUAACCGGCGUCAGUAACCCCAUCACUAUCCGCGCUUCGGGGUCAAGGUUCGGCUCUUGGAUGACUGACACAAUGAUCCCCAGCUCUGAUAAUAGGGUAUGGUCAAUGGACGGUUACUUUAAAGGUCGUCGCGUUUUGGAGUACCGCACGAUGAACGACUUCAUGAAAGGCCAGAACUUCGUGCAACAUCUCCUACCGCAUCCGUGGGCUGGUACAGGUCAUGUGGUCUACAACGGCUCGCUCUACUACAACAAAUACCAGAGUAACAUCAUCAUCAAGUACCACUUCAGAUCCCGAAGCGUCCUGGUGCAGCGCAGCCUCAGCGGCGCGGGCUACAACAACACCUUCCCGUAUUCCUGGGGCGGAUCGUCCGACAUCGACCUCAUGGCCGACGAAAACGGGCUGUGGGCCGUCUACACCACCAUUCCCAACGCGGGCAACAUCGUCAUCAGCCGUCUGGAGCCGCAGAGCCUGGAAGUGCUUCAGACGUGGGAUACAGGCUUUCCUAAGCGCAGUGCCGGCGAGUCGUUCAUGAUCUGCGGCACGCUGUACGUCACCAACUCCCACCUCGCCGGUGCUAAGAUCUACUUUGCGUAUUACACCAACACCUCCACCUACGAGUACACGGACAUUCCCUUCCAUAACCAAUACUCUCACAUCUCCAUGAUGGACUACAACCCGCGGGAAAGAGUGCUGUACACUUGGAACAACGGACAUCAAGUCCUCUACAACGUCACGUUGUUCCAGGUCAUAAAAACCGCGGAGGACUAAGUCGUACGGACCUCGAAACUACAUCCACUCGUACACUCGCGCACACACAAAAAAGCCCACACAUGAACACACGCAAACAUUUAUGUGGAGGAGGAUGUGACUAAAGCUUAGACUUUUUUACUGCAUUCCAAAAUUCUUAGAGUGCUAUUAAUCUAACCUUUUGAAGAGACCGAGAUGGGUACAGAUAUACGGGCCGAGCCUUCAUUUUCUUUCCUGUGAUGAUUCAGCAUGAGUACUUUCUUUUUAUUUGUGGAAAACAAGAAAUAAAUAAACAUCAAACUUUACCUUU